CUUCAAUCUCUUGAUACCCCAGACACCUCUCCAGCAACACUCGCUCGAGGUGCUCUCACCGCAUAUUACUCGCAUCGUCUCGCACCGUUGAGGAGCGAUCGGUAUCAUGGCGCAGACUGCAGCGCAACUGGGCUACUAUGAGCUCUACAGAGGCACUUCGUAUGCGCCUCCCUUGCCAUGUCACUCCCGCAGGUAGAGAGAGAGGUAGAGAGGUAAGAGGAACUGUACGCUAAUGACAUCUUAUGCGCGCAGCAUCGGCCUCGCUCUCGCCGACACGCUCGACGACCUGAUCAGUUCUCGGCGCAUCGAACCUCAGCUUGCUAUGCGCAUCAUGGCCAACUUCGAUCAGCACAUUGCCACUGUACUCGGCGACAAAGUCAAAGCUCGCAUGACAUUCAAGGGACAUCUUGACGUCUAUCGAUUCUGCGACGAAGUGUGGACGUUUGUGAUCAAGGACGUGAAAUUCAAAAUGGAUAAUGCCCAUCAGAUGGACGCGGAGAAGGUCAAGAUUGUAGCAUGUCAGUCCAAGGACAAAGCUCCUUAGUAGCAAGCUGUGGAGAGGACGGGUUCGGCGAGGCGAGCAAGGUGGAGGAUACCCCAGUCCAGCACGACCAAGAAGAAGAAGAAGAAGAAUAAGAAGGAUGCUCUGCUCCGCUCACGAAGAGAGGAGAAGCGCGCCAGAGGUUUGCUCCAAGACAACACUGAGGCCGAGAGGACUCGUGACUGAUUCAGGUUCGCCGUCACGAUUAAUGGUACUCACACAGGCGCAAGGGUUCGGCCAACGAGAACGAGGUUCUACGCGUGAGAGCCAGCAGUGAAACGUGGAGAGCGAUUCCAGAACUGUUAUGGCUUGCCCUUAAUCAGACACAUAUUGAUGAUGAGAUGAGUAGAUGAGUGGUCUUGCAUACAGGUACCGAGGUUACAGUAUCAUAAUGCAAUUGGCAUAUGACAUGGAUUCAGCAGCUUCAUCAAUGAGGAUACAUGGUAAGCAGCACUAGAAUUCGAAGAAGAAGUAUAAGAAUCUAGCAUCUAUUGUCUACGUUGGUUAUAUCAUGGCUGGUAUUCUUCAAUUGUACUUGAUUAGGG